AUGGCUGACGAGCAUCAUGAAACCUUCGAAUCUGCUGACGCUGGUGCGUCCAGCACCUACCCCAUGCAGUGCUCGGCUCUGAGGAAGAACGGUCACGUUGUCAUCAAGGGCCGCCCUUGCAAGAUCGUCGACAUGUCCACCUCUAAGACUGGCAAGCACGGUCACGCCAAGGUCCACAUCGUCGCUCUCGACAUCUUCACUGGCAAGAAGCUGGAAGAUCUGUCUCCUUCCACCCACAACAUGGACGUCCCCAACGUCACCCGCAAGGAAUACCAGCUCCUUGACAUCACCGAUGACGACUUUCUUUCCCUGAUGGAUGAAAACGGUAACACCAAGGACGACGUCAAGGUUCCCGACGGCGAAACCGGUGAGAAGAUCAUCCGUAUGUACCGUGAAGAGGAGAAGGACUGCAACGUUGUUGUCCUGACCUCCAUGGGCGAGGAGGUCGCCAUAGAGUGCAAGGAAGCCCCCAAAUAA